UCUAUGCUUCUAGUUCUAAGCUCGAGCUCUCCGAACGAACGAUCCACACAACGAAAAUGAAGGUCUUUUUCGCGUUUACCCUGUUGGUCAUUGGCGCACAGGCCAAACCUUUCGGUUUUGGUUUCGGAAGUAGGGACUGCCCUCCUGACUUGACCGUCAACAUGCAGUUGGUACCAGACCCCAACGACUGUACCAAGUACUCAAAAUGCAGCUUCUUCUUCUCGGGGAAGUUCCUAUGCAAGCCCGGAGAGCAUUUCAGCAAAACGGAAUUGAAAUGCAUGAGCCCAUGGCUGGCUGGUUGUGAUCCCGCCUACGACACCACCACCGCCGGACCAACGACCGAGGAGCCUUCUACUGCGGUUCCCACGACCGAGGAGCCAUCCACCGCUGCACCUACAACUCAAGAAUCUUCCACCGCUGAGCCCACGACCCAGGAGCCGUCUACCGCCGUCCCAUCCACCCAAGAGCCUUCCACCGCUGCCCCGACAACCCAAGAGCCGGCCACAGAGGCUUCUUCCACUCAAGAGCCCUCGACCGCCGGUCCCUCCUCCCGAGCAACAUCUGCUGCGAGUACCCAGACAUCUGCUCAAGAAAUGACUGAUUCGAGCACCGACAUGACCUCCACGCAGACCGAGUUAGCUGAGACCAGUUCGACGGCUUCCGCAAGUGAGCAGACCUCCGCUGCUACCCAAGAGGACAGCACUACCGCCGAAGACGUCGAAACGACCGCUGCCACCGAGACAACUGAUGCUUCCACGGGAAGGCGAACUGAGGGAACGGAGGUUUCCGACGGAACAUCAGAAAACAGCACCGACGUCACCGACGUAUCCACCGACGUCACCGACGCAACCUCCGCGGUCACAGACGACGCGACCUCCGCCGACGACAGCAAGGUGGACAGCAAGAAAAAAUCCCACAAAGUCACCUCUUUGCCAAACUGAACAACACCUGUGGUAUCGAAGCUUCCGGAGCCGAAUGCGACGUAUGUAAUGAUAACAACAUAGAAACAACAACAGUGUAAUUUAUUAUUGAACCAUUUCCCGCGGUUGCUCCAAUCCGUCAGUCGCGAGAUGGGAAAGCAAAUAAAUAAGUUAGGCUUGAGGUGGCACCCCAACCCAGCAUUUAGU